CAAAGGGUGUGUGCCUUAUGUACGCCUACUACAUGCUUGAGAAAUUUAGACAAUUUAGACAAAAAAAUUCGGAGCCCAGUUCGCGCAGAUUUUCGUCCCCAAUAGUAUUCCCAAAUAUUCCCAACAGCAAUGUCCACUAAAAUUUCUUCUUGAAGACUGAUGCUGUUUGUGUCCGUAGAGAUUUCACUGACGCCAUUUAAUAGAAAUCCGUAAUCCGUCUGGCGUACAUGUACACUAUACAUGAUCAUAAAAUAAUCAUGCAUGGCCCGCGUUUCUAAUGCGCAUGUGCGUAUCUUGCCAGUACCCGAUAUGUUUUUGUCAAACGUCUCCACGCACAUUGUACAUGCCCUGCUUACUCGAUCGAAGCUCUCAUCUGGUACGUUCGGAGAACAGAGUGUAUCUACGCAACCAACAUCUGUACCUCGAAACACGGGAGAGAAAAAGACAUUCCUCCUUCAUCCCGCAUGAGCCAGUUGUAGGAUAUACACAAUUACGUCAGCUGCAGUUGGAUCAUUUCAGAUACACGAUACAUCAGAGGGUAUGGAUUCUUCAGUCGUUGGCGAACGGUAGUUUCUUCAUGAGACGCCGUGUUAACUCACGUGGAACCGAGACUGCCAAGGAUGUGGACGCGACUGUCACUUCACGAUAGGAGUCUCGACCAGAUGACUGCGUAGCUGCGGUGUGUGUUUCUCGAGGAAGGUUAAUUGAUAUUUGCAUCGCUGCCGGAGCUUGGGAUUCCAUGUUUCACAUUUCUGCCAAGGUUCGGCCGCCUGCUCGCCUCCCACCGGAGAUAUAUGCAGCGCUACCCACCACUGAGUCCGCGCCCGGCAUGUCAACCCCGCUGGAUUUGGGCCUCGGCGGUAGCGACAAUUCGACCGUGGACGAUUCCACGGUCGUGAUACCGUCAAAGACGGUUACUAACAUAGUCGAUACCGGCGACGGUAACGAAGUCGAUCUUCCCGACGACCACGGCCCUCGAGUGCUAUGGUGCAGCUCGCUCAUACUCGUGAUUAUCUUAAGUGUCGUUGGUAACGGUAUUCUCUCCGUGGUGGUAUUCGGAAACGCCCGUCUCCGGAGACCUUGCUACUUCUUUCUGUUCAACUGCGCCUUGGCCGAUUUCGUCCGAUCCGUGCUGUGUUUUCCCUUUGUGGUCUCGGCUGUGAUCUCGCGAGAUUGGAUAUACAGCGACUCCCUCUGCGAGAUCCUGGCCUUUUUCAACGUGUACCUUACCUACGGAGCCCUGUAUACUCUAUUCUUGAUUAGCAUAGAACGAUACGUGGUGCUACGGUUUCACCGAUUUCACCGACAGAAGCUAAAAGGGCCAGCCUGUCUGCUAUUGGUCCUUGCCUCAUGGGCCUUGGCAGUUUCUAUGGCCUUCCCGCCAGUUUUUAACACCAGGACCUACUCUUUCAUCGAGGUCGAAAACCAGUGCACAUUCAAGCAUCGGGAAUACAAGACGAACGAGACUAUGUGUUUCCUCAUGUUCUUCGUGGCAGUCAUCGCUUUCACUCACUUCGCUUACUUCAGGGUGUUUCUCUUCAUGCGAGCUCACCGUAAGAUGCGACCCAUGCAAUUCGUGCCCGCUGUCUCCAACAAUUGGACCUUCUAUGGGCCUGGCUCUACCGGCCAGGCAGCGGCCAACUGGUUCCUGGGCUACCGUCAAGGUCCAACUCCACCGCCACUGAUUGGUCUUGCUCCUCCCUCCAACAAUAACAGCACAUCCCUCUCCAAGUCAGACUUCGAACGGGAGGAGAAGUUCUGUAAGCUAUCCCUGUCCAUCAGCAUAUCCUUCAGCGUGCUAUGGCUCCCUUACACCAUCCAUUGCUUCUGGCAGGUGUUCCAGCCGGCUAAUCCCUUGCCUCACAGCUAUGUCUCCCUGGCAACCUGGAUGACCUUCUUCCAGGCCUGCAUCAACCCCAUCUUGUGCUUUGUCGUGAGCAAAGAAUUCCGGCAGAUCGCGCUGCAGCACGUCUUCGGCGCCUCGGCCUUCCAACAGGAUGGACACAACGUGCAGUUGUGACAGAGGCUAGCAUGAAUUGCCACCGUGUAGAUGGAGCCAGACUGCGUUUUCAGAACCUCUGAAAAGUUUUGGCUCUGGUUGGCAUUCCAGUAAACAAGGUAAAUCUACAGACCAAUAGUACCGAGUGUUGGCAGAUUAUGUCUGUGGAAGCCAUGCUUAAGGCAUGUUUACAUGGACAUAUUCUUCCUGCUGUUUGUUUGAUGUAAUAUUGCUCGACUGGCCUUUGUUCAUCCCAGUUGUGCUUAAAAUAUUGACUAAACAUUGAUACUUCCCUGCGACCAGUAUAGAACAUGCAGACGUGGUUUCCUGUAUGUAUCUACAUGACUGUACUACGUCACGCUAAAACUGAAUCUCUUGCAAUUUAUGUUUUGAAUGAGAUACUGAGAGCAAUAAAGGCUGAGUACGCAUGGGACACCAACAUUUGACUACAAAUCACACACGUUUGAUGGCAAUCAUUUGAAAGGGAGUACCAUUGUUUUAGGCAAUUCUUUAAAAGUUACAAAGUAGUUCGCUCAUUUUUGCAUUUGCUUGUACGGCGCCAACUGUUGAAGGAAGAGGAUAAACUUAUUGGACAGCUUUCAACUUUUUCAAAAAAUCAAACACCCCGUCUGUUAACCUUCUCUUUGCAAUUCUGAGACCCUUCAGCGUCUCUCUUGUCCGUUGGGGAUGCCUCCCUUCAUAAUAACUGGCCCCAUGUUAACAAUGGUUUUUCUCAACUUUGAACGAUUCUGCUAUGAGUUUGUUUGACAGUGCAAUAUGAUGAAAUGAUUGGAACUUGAUGUGCUGAACGGGUUUCAUUCACAAGGUAGCCAUUUUGAAUCGUUCCCUCCCAAAUCCACUUUAUCAAAUGGGAACUUGCCUAUUUUGCUUCAAACACAGGUACAGCCUCGCUUUGAACUAUAUUUUUCAUUUGAAAAAUAAAGGCGCCAUGACAAUCCAUCAUAAAGGACAGUAAAGUUUCCCUAGGAUCCCUUUGUUUUCGACUCAAGAUUGAAUUAAAUGCAUAACCUUGAAAAGUACAUGCAUCGGUGGGAAUUCUCAUAAAAGAAUUGGUAGGAAACUUUAAAAAGGUGUUUUUCGAUCAUCUGGCUUACAUACAUAAAGCUAACUUGGCAUCAUAUCAUUUAAUGUUUUGUAGACCACAGCGUAAUGCUGUGAUAAUGAGAGCUGCACUCAGGCUAUUCCUUAGUAAUCGGUCUCCAGACUACUAUUCAGUGUCAAAAGGACACAACCUUGUCGUGCAGCUGUGCAAAGCGCGGAAGCCGAUGUUAAGCGGAAGUGUAUGAAAGAUGAAUGCACAGUGCAUUUCAGGUUGACACAAUGCUGAUGUGAACAUGUCAGUUGACAUGGCACAAGCAUCUCUGAUCGGCCAUUGCCAAGUAAAUUGCUGAUUUUAGAAACUUUAAGGUGUGGCCGUAAAGCAGUCAAAAGCAAGGUGUGCAUGAGAUAAGAUAGUAUUUUAUCGUUUGGUCCUUUGAAAAAUAUUAGAAAUUGAGAGGGCUUUUGCAAUAUAGUUCCCAGAGCAAAAAUUAUGAAGAAUGGUGAGAAACGCUCUAGCUCUUGGAGAAGCAGUUCAAAAGGGGAUGUCAUAACGUUUCUAAAGUUUCUACAGAAGUGGUCAGUGUAAUAUUUCAGACCACUGCUUGAACAGGAGGUAGUUAACCUAAUUUGUAAAUUUACGAGACCUUUAGGAACUGUCAGCUGAGAUAAGCAAUUUUCAUAUGUUAUAUAGUAUCUAUUUCACAUAAGUACCAGUAUAGCGUUUGUUUAUUCUACCGAGAUGAAUAACCUAAUUGGGACGAAAAUAUUAUCCAAGGAAGCAAUAUGAUUUUCUCCUUCUAAUUUUCUCUGGUUUAAAAUCAAGUAAACAAACCAUUAAUGCAGCCAAUUACUGUUAAAUUGUCGUCUUGUUUUCACAGCAAUAUCUCUUAGACGUAUUUCAUUGCCUCCAGUGACUGUACGGCCUUUACCUAUGAAGAAGUUGUCCCAAAAGGACUUAAUUAAGUCCAUUACCCAAGUCCCUAUCUGGAUACCCGAACCAACCGGGAAGUUAUUAAGACACAGUGACCAGUGUUGUGAUAAUUGUAGAUUUCGUGUGUCCGUGCCACAAUCCAUUAUAAUAUUGUGGUUGUUAUGGUUCCGUGCACUGGAGAUGUGUACACAGGAUGAUGCAUAUGUUCUGAGAUAAUAUUUGUUAUCCGGCGGCUUUGUAAAGGGACCGACAGCAGAAUGCAGCUUUUGGUUGCUCAUUUGGAAGUGCGUCUCAUUUGAAGCGAAGUCGUGCAGGUUUGGACCAUUCUCGAAUGGGCCGAGGCCAUUUACAUCAAGAGAAAAUUAAAUUUUCUUGCCACAUGCAAUCGUAACUCUCGUCAUUUUUUACUUUUAAUCACUCGUAAAGGCUGCAGAUGAAAACUAACUUUAGUGCAUUGUUUAAAAGUCUGUAGAGAAUAGUGUCAUUUUAUUGACAUUUUCGUGUCCAGUGUAUUAUGCUGGACAUGAAAAUGAACUCAUAUAUGAACUCAUAGCAACAGUUCCUCAACCGAAUGUACUUAGGAGACCUAUAAGGUGGAGGACGCUGCCAUAAUAACGUUAAAUCAGGGAAAAGGUCAUUUUUAGCAAACCUUAUCAGGAACUGGCGUUCGCUUAAUCAGAGUUUGUUAAUCCUGGUGAAUACCGCAAUUGCCAACUAUAAGUUGGACAUAAGUACACCACAGAAAUCCUGCAUGUUAAAAUGUUAAAUUGUUGUGUCUGACGAGGAUCGAUUACUUCAACGCGCAAGUACGGUUUUCAUCUUAACGCUGAUGAAAAAGAGAGCAAUGGGUCCUCGAAUUUCCAAUCCCAUUUUGAAGCAUCGUUUUUAUCGGGGGGGGGGGUAGUCGAAAGGAAAGUUGUCAUUGGAAGGCCUACAUUUCUCCAUUAGUCCUUAAAUCCACUUUAAUCAGCACUCGGCAACCAUGGACAAUCAAGCCCAUUUCGCUGUGUGGUUCAUUUAUGCUAAAUUAUAUAGACCAAAUACUUACAUUUAUAUUUUGCCGCACUUGGUAAUCAUGAACACCUGCUUCGCAGUUUUCCUUUUGAAUAUUUUAUACAGCACCCUCUGACGUGUUUCUUACCCACUUUCGAUCAGUGUGUGUUGUAUGUUACUGACCAUUUAAACAUAGAAUCUGCAUAAGAAUACGAUGAGACUUUUUCGAUAACAAUGUGUACAUUUUGGAAAACCUCUGUACGCAAUGAUGGUGGAAUCAUCGAAAGUUGCUGUUCGUAUCUUCCACUGAAUCAGAGGACUCUACCAUUUCGAUGGGGGGGUCCAGCAAAGAUGAAAAUUUCGGUGUCAGUUGUGUAUGUAUGCAUAACCUGUUUAAAAUGGUGUUGCUUAUGAUUUUUUAGCUUUUUUUUUUUUUAAAUAAAACGCCGUUUUGGUACAGUCAAAAAGUGUGUGUUGCUGUCUAUUGAGUAUCAGCCGAUCUUAUUAAUCAGUUUGUAUUUAUUACUUCGCAUUUGGAAUAAAUCAUUUGAUGUCAUUUA